AUGGCAUUUGUAUCCGGAGUGGGAGGCGGUGGUGGCGGUGGAGCUGGAAUUGGAGGAAUAGGAAAUGGUUUACCGACGGUAACACAAUCAGUAGCAACACCCUGUGGCAUACCGUCUGCGUCAUUACGUCCUCAAGAUGCACAAGCGAUGUCACCACGUGGUGCAGCGUCACUUAGUACAGCAGCCUUGGCAGCUGCGCAAGUUUCGGCAACUCCGAUUCCUGCAGCCCAUCUGCUUUACCAACAGUUUCUUUCGGCCGGAGCCGUUGCAGCGCAGUCGCAGCUUUUGCAGGGAACUGCAGCAGCUGUAGCUGUGUCACAAACGGCACAAUCACUUCCACCGGGGCAAAUAUUACCACAAGCCGCUGCAGCGGCAGCAGCAGCGGCAGCAAAUGCCGUGGUAGUUGCUGCACAACAACAACAAUCCGUUCCGUCUCAGCAACAGCAAACAGCAUCCGCACCACAGUCACAACAGCAACAGAAUCAAGCAUUUGUACUGGCAAAUGCAGCGCAAGCGCUUGCAAUCAAUCAAUUGCUACUACAACAAAAUCCAUUGCAGCAACAAGUGCAAGCAGCAUUGGCGCAACUGCUCAAUCCAUUCGCCUAUUAUCAACCACACUUGACAGCAUUACUGCAACAAAAUCAACUUACUGCUGCUAGUCACAUACAACAAUCGCAACAACCAUCUCAGAUUCAAGUUCAGAAUGGGAUUGGAACACCGGUAGCUGUUCAGCAGCAGCAAAAAAUGAUUGAAAAUUUACUGGCAGAACAAGUGGUCCGAAAUCCGACAGCACAUGACAAAAUAGAUAUAUCACAGCCGGUCGUGGCGGAUAAUAGAAAUGUUGGAUUGCUGACAAGUGCAGAGUCAGUGAAAGAACACAUAUCGCGGUUGAUUAGCGAGAAUGAAGCAAUUCUGGAACAGAAUCCUGGUCUCAUCAAAAGGCGUCCAUAUCAUCGUCAGGUGGGCUCGCAGUCGUCCGUCGAACUUGAAACGGGUAUUAGAAGUCAGAGUAAUUCACCAGGUUUGCGUGACGUACGCUUACAGUUCACACAUAGUCAAUCGUUCUAUGAAUCACACAAACCACUUCCUGUUCGAGUUGCCGGUGGUCCAUUAACCAACGGCCAUCCAAUCGUGAAAGCACCGGAGAAAUGUAUAUGCAAUUAUUGCGAAUUAAAGUUCCCAAAUGAUGCUGCUCUAGUCGCUCAUGAAAUCCGUUGCAGCAAACGGGCAGAAUUACAUUCGCAAACAAUAUCGUCAUCAGCAUCAUCAUCAACAGUAGCCGCUGCACAUUUCCAAUUGGUGCAGCAACAAAAUCCGGUGAAUACUAUGAUGGUUGAUAGAGCUGGGCGUAAGACGAAUACCUGCAACAGUAGUAGUAUAGGUUCUUCUGUAUUACACGAAAAUCGUCAUCCACUUAAACGACGGCUUCUAGCAGCUGCGGAACAUCUCGACGAAUCACAAGCAUCCACAAGCAAAACUCCAAAAUUGGAUACACCCAAACCAAGUAUGAAUAUUACAAAUCCAGUCUGUAUAUCGUUACCUGCCACACAUUACAAAGCACCAGUAGUUUCCCAACGAAGUUUCAACAGCAGUAGUAGCGUCACUGUUAUUAGCGAGACUUCUGUUCCUGCUACACAAACAUUGAUAAUGGUAUCUUCUCAUCCUACCAAUCAACUUGUAGCUUCAAAAAAUGUACAGACGUAUCAACGAAUAUACCCUGUUUCAACUAUUCCACAGAGCAGUAGUGCAGCGGCCAACAAGCCAUAUAUUUUAACAUUAAACGAUGUAUCAACAGGCCGAAACGAUGGUAUAUCACGCCGAAGUCGGAUGCGUAAUAUUACUACGGAAACGUUUGCCACGUUGAACAAACCGCAGCCAAUGUUCUGCGAGCAUAAGCCGAAGCUAAGCAUGUAUAGCAACUGGCAACAAAGUACUGUAGAUUCGGAGGAAGCAAAGUUGAAUUUACUGUACAUAAGCACAUGUUCGACAAAGCCGCGGAUAGGUGUUAAGCAGCUAUGGAGGUAUACGACGGCAUUACGCGAAAUGGGUGUGCUCAAAGUGACGCAUUCUUCAUUUUGGGAUUACUCGACCAAAAUACGCUUACGUCAAAAUGCAGCAGCUACAGCAACAGCGGUGACACCGAUAAAUUCCCAAGCGGUGAUUGCAACCUUUGUCCAGGAACGUUCGUCUAUAAUGACAUCGACAUCAACAACUGUUUCUGCAACUAAUGUUACCACUUUUGUACCACCAAGCAAUAAUCCAAAGGGAAGGAGUGAUAAUGAUUCAAAUAUCAGUGAUAAAGAGAAUAUGGCAAUGGCGGAAAGGGAUCGGAAUGCUUUGACUUCUUUGGAAGAAAUUACCGAUAAACAGCAAUCACAACGGGCUCAAGUUACAAGUGAGUCAGUAAAAACGUUAUCUCAGAAAAUAGUGGGAGGCUAUUUCUCAAAUGAAGUUUACGUAUACGUCCGUGGACGUGGACGUGGUCGUUAUGUCUGCGGUCGUUGUGGAAUACGUUGUAAAAAACCAUCGAUGCUAAAAAAGCAUAUCAAAUCUCAUUCGGAUAUACGACCAUAUGGUUGUAAACAGUGUAAUUUUAAUUUCAAAACAAAGGGUAACCUUACCAAACAUCUGCAAUCGAAAACACAUCGUCGUCGAAUGGCUGAAAAGGAGAAGCAGAAAAUAUCUGAGCAAGAUUCGGAUAGCGAUCAUGAUCGGUUAGAAAUUGCAAGCCUUAGCGGGACUGCUUCAACGUUUAGCAACGAUCCACUUUCAGACGAUGAAUGCUCAUCAGAUGAAGAAUUGCGGCCACCCUGUAAUGACAAAAACAAUAUGUAUCGAAAAUUUGGUCAAGAAAAUACAUUGAUGGAACGAACUGCUCAUACACCACCAAUGUUAUGGAUUGUUGGUGAAACGGUCUUUGAUUGGUCGAUUCCGAAUUGCUUACGAUCAUGUCACAGUGCACCACCUAGUGCGCGAUAUCCAUCAGAGGGACGGAAUCAGCAAAAACUAUUGGAAACCAAUUUUCUAUUAAAGAAGGAUAUCUCGGAAGACAUCUGUAGCUCCGAAGUCAAGCAAUCGACAACCUGUGCUGUUCAAACUUUAGUACCCACAACUAGUGGUUGUCCACAGUUGCAUUCGCUGUCAUCCUUCCUUACAGAGCAGCAACCUUCAGUAGGAGCAUUUUUUGCGAAGGAGACAAUGAUAUGCGAUAUUUGUAAGCGAGUAUUUCGAAGCUCAACAGAGAUGACACUGCAUCGCAAAAUCCAUUUGAUUGGACCGUCAAAUUCACGUAUACGAUGUUACCAAUGUAGCGAAUGCAAAUAUUCGGUCCGAUCACGUAAUGCUUUGCAGCGACAUAUGGAAGAAAGGCAUGGAAUUGUUGAAAAUUUGCAAACAGAACAACUAAUUGACUCUGAUAAUGAAGAAGCCAAUACAAAUUUGUCAUCGAUGAAUCCACGAUCAUUUAUGUGUACUGAUUGCAAUAUUGGAUUUCGGAAACACGGUAUCCUUGCGAAACAUUUGCGUUCUAAAACUCAUGUUAUGAAGCUGGAAAGUUUACGUAUUAUCCCAGAAGAUUCGCUGUCACUGAUAACACGUAAAGAAGGAGGUGUAUAUUUGAACGAAAUCGAUACGACGGAUUGUGAACGUGCACGACAAAGCAUCCUCGGAAUCAUUUCAACAUUACGUGAUUCAAAUGCAUUGGAAUUUCGCGAACAAAUAUCACAUUUACCGGCUCCACUGCAACAUACUGCAAAUAACAGUAGCAGCAAUAGCCAUAACACCAUCAACAAUAGCUAUUCGUCGCAACAAUUGAAAAUACAACGUUCUCCAGUAUCGUCCACUAGCCAGUCAUUUAUUGAAAAUAAGCGAUUGUUAACCAGUCAACAACAUACAUUAAAACGUCCCGACACCUUAACAACAAAAAUGAUGAUUGAAAUGUCACCCAGAAAAUGCGAUAUGACAAUGUCACAGCGAAAAGCAGAUGAAUUGAAUGGAAAGUCGAUUACCGCAAAUGUUUGGAUGCCACCGAAACUUGAUGUGAAUUCGACUUCUGAUCGCCGCUCUGCUGAUAUAAUUAGUCGUUCAACAGUUGACUCUGCUGCACUUUCGGACAACGGUUCCUCUGUACGAUCAGAUGAAGCAAAUAGUGAAGGAGCUGGACGUAGUGAAAGCUCAACACCAACGCAACGUGUUUUGGCUGGUACUGCACCAUCACCCCUUUUGCCAGCUUCUACCAGAUGCAACCUUUGCGAAGUCAACUACGAAUCUAGUUUUGAUUUGCAGGUACAUCUUCAUGCUGAUCAUGUAAUGCUACGGGAUGGGAAAGAUUUUUGCUGCCCAAAGAAACAGUGUGACAAGGUCUAUCCAAGCCGUGAAAAUCUCAGGCAGCACAUCGCGGCACAUUAUCAUGGCAGUGUUAUUACAUCGUUAUCAGACAGUCGGGAUGAGAUCGAGAGUGCAGUCAUGGUAUUGUCAGAUGUAAGCGAUACAUCCAUAGUUCUGCACCGUAAACCAACGAAUCUAACACAUGGGCAACACAUGCAUUCUCUACCGAAUCACAAUCCGAAUGUACUAGAAGAAUCUCAUGCAGCUUGUUCAAAAACAUCUAAUUGCAGUUCUACUGUAAUAUUAUCGAUUGAUUCUGGUGUUGCGAGCAAGGAGACUGCUGUAACGAGCAAUGGAUUAAUAAAACAACGCCAACCAACAAAACUGAAUGAAGUGGAAAAAGCGAAUGGAUGCGGAAUUUUAGAUGCUGCUAUUCAAGAUCGAAAAUGGUCAACGUCUACGCAAGCAACUGUAACAUCUACAUCAUUCAUAAGUGCCGCAACAAUAUCGGCAACUUUACCUUGUGCCAUCUGUGGACAGUCAUUCCCGGAUGCAUUUGCUCUGCAGCGACAUUGGCUUUCGCAUGUUUGCGAUCGACCACAUAUUUGCAAGCAGUGUGAUGCUGGAUUUACUACUGCCGACGCUUUAAACAGUCACACAUUGACGCAUCAAAACAACAGACGUGAGCGCUGA